AUGGCAUUGAAUUGGGUAAUGAUUGCGUCCGAUGGGAAGAGUCCUGUUCCUCUUCCCGGAGAAAAAAUAUUAUUUAGUCAAGAAAAAGUAUCCCUUCUGCUGGAUUUAGGCGGCGGAUAUCCUGGAAAUCCUGCAAAUUAUAAGGCUGAUGGAAACAUUUUUAUCACAAAUCAACGUGUUAUAUUUAUUUCUCGCCCAACUCUGCCUAACUUUCAAUCUUUAAGCAUACCUCUUUUGCAUUUGAAGGAAGGGAAACUUCAACAACCUUGGUUUGGUGCUAACUACUAUGAAGCGUGCUUGAUACCAGUACAGAAUGGCGGAUUACCAUCUCCCGGGCAAAUGAAAAUUACUUUUAAAGAAGGAGGUGGAUAUGAUUUCAGCUCAUGUUACACCGAAUUGAUACAAAGGCUUAACGAGAGUGAAAGUUACGUUCUUAUUGAACAUACUGAGCCAUUACCAACUUAUACACCGCGUGAAGAUUCCACAUCAACUGCUACACAAGCAUUAGGAACGGGGGCAUCUAGCAUCACACCACCAACAGGACCUCUCACCAAUGCAACAUCCCCAUCUCGUUCUACUCCCGUUAAUUCUGCAGCACCUCCACCGAUAGCUCCAGACGAGCUACCACCCAGUUAUGAUGAAAUAACAAGUUGA